AUGUCAUCACACACCUUGCCGCAAGUAUCAUCGGAUCCUCUUUCAAAGGCCUUUGCGUCGGGAAUCUAUCCUUCAGGUCAGAUUGUCGAAUAUGCCUCAGAAAACAAUCGGUUUCGCAUCACCAGCGAAGAGAAACGAGCUGCUGAAAGGCUCCAAGAGGACAGCUACAAUGAUGCGAGAAAAGCGGCAGAAGUCCACAGGCGCGUCAGGGCACACAUUCAAAAGGUCAUCAAGCCUGGCAUUUCCAUGAUUGAGCUUUGCGAAACAAUCGAAAAUGGCACAAGAAUACUUACGGAGGCCAGCGGGCUGAAGGCUGGAAUUGCAUUUCCCACAGGUUGCUCGCUUAAUAAUGUUGCUGCACAUUAUACGCCAAAUGCUGGCGACAAGACCAUCCUGAAGUUUGAGGAUGUUUGCAAAAUCGACUUUGGUGUCCAUGUAAAUGGAAGGAUCAUUGACUCUGCAUUUACGCACACUUUUGAUCCAAAGUACGACCCGCUAAAAGACGCCGUUCGCGCGGCCACCAACGCUGGCGUGAAAAUGGCAGGAAUUGAUGCCAGACUAUCUGAAAUUGGAGCUGAAAUCCAGGAGGUCAUGGAAUCUCAUGAAAUUUUGCUUAAUGGAAAGACACAUCCCAUCAGAGUGGUAAGAAACUUAUCCGGCCAUGCCAUUGAGCCAUAUCACGUGCACGGGAAAAAAAGCGUUCCAUGCACUCGGAAUCAAGAGCAGCGCCACGUCAUGGAGGAGGGCGAAACAUAUGCAAUCGAAACAUUCGGCUCAACUGGCAAGGGGUAUGUGCACGAAGAUCUCGAAUGUUCGCAUUAUAUGAAAAAUUACCAGAAUCCGGCACCUCUUUCCAAUAUUCGUCUGCCUCGUGCAAAGCAGUUGCUUGCAUCGAUUAACAAGAACUUUGGGACCCUAGCCUUUUGCCGCCGCUAUCUUGACAGAAUUGGGGAAGAAAAAUAUACUCUGGCGUUGAAACAUCUUUGUGAAACAGGCCAUGUGUAUGCAUACCCACCACUUUGCGAUGUUGUUGGAUCUUACACUGCACAGUAUGAGCAUACCAUACUAUUGAGGCCCACUUGCAAGGAGGUGAUUUCUCGCGGAGAUGAUUACUGA